UAGCAGUUGCCAGUUCUAAAUCUGACAUCACUGUAGGUGGACUGGAGUCAAUUGUUUUUAAAACUAAGCCACCUAGAUAUUAAUUAGUUUAUAUUUUUAUUAAGUAGCGUGUCAUUUGUAUUACCAUCUCUUAUUUAAAUUCAAAAUUGGAUAUUGUUAUUUAUGUUCAAUCUCAGGCUAGCAUUUGAAUACUUUCACCUUUUGUCUGAUUGUUAGGUCUGUGUCAGUGAAAUGCGGUGAUAUGUGACAUAUUCGCUUAGUUUUCCUUUUAUGUUUGGUUUACUACUAAAUUGACAGUGGACAGUGUCAUAAACUGAUAGUUAGUGCUUAAAAAAAUUAUUUACGGGUGUGAUUCUGUCAUCCUGACGAGCUGAAGAUCGAUACAGGAUUUCUAGGUUGCCACACGAGCCACUAAAUUAUUUUACGUCAGGCGUGGUUUGGCAACGCUGUUAGGCACAGCUGAUUGCUCAAGAUACCAUAAAAGAUCAUCGACUUUCACGUAACUAAUCGCAUCACCUGCUGGGAAAGGAUCUCUACGUUAAUAAGCAACAACAGAGGAGUGCGGCACCAAUCAACCGAAACGUUGACUCUCAUUACGGCCAAGAGGGAUGGUUUAUCUUUUAGCCGAGUGGGGUAUGGGAGAUAGCGACCUUCCUCAUGGAAAACGCAGUAAUUUGGCUGCAAGUCAUGCUUCCGGAAUCAGUCGUUACCCUGGAGACAGACAGCAGGCGAACGUCCAAGAGAACAGUGAAGUCGAUCUGCAUCCUUUAAGUAAUCAAGUUGGCGGUCACACGAGACUUAUGGUACUGAACCCGAGCACGAUAUGCAAACCGUUGAACUAUAGGGAACUAGAUUUUUACCAAAAUAUCCAAGAUCAAGAUAUUAAAAUGUUCGUUCCCAAAUAUAAAGGAGUAAUGCAAGCUACUUUAUGUAGCGGAUCUAAAAUGGAGAAACGAUACAGUCCUAGUUUUGCAGAAGACAAUCUUAAAACGCUCAAGAAUGACAGGAAAAGAAAACGUGAAGAUGUAUUAAAAAUGAAGAUACAUCAUACCGAAUCAAAGGAUGUUAUUAAGAGCAUUUCACAGUCGGACAAUUCGAAUAAACAGUAUUUGAUGUUGGAGAACAUAACUUCGCAUUUUGCCAAUCCUUGCAUUUUGGAUCUUAAGAUGGGAACAAGACAGCAUGGGGACGACGCUUCGGCUGAAAAGAGAAACAAACAGAUGGCUAAAUGUGCAGCCAGUACCUCUGCAAGUUUAGGUGUUAGAUUAUGUGGUAUGCAAGUUUACCAAAGCGAUACUGACUUCUACUACAAAAGGGACAAAUAUUGGGGCAGGGAGUUAAACGAAGAAGGAUUUAAAAACGCCCUCUGUAGAUUUUUUGACAACGGCAGCGGUCUCAGAGUUUUCGUUAUAAGAAAAGUUCUGGCCAAGCUUGAACAGCUCAGAAGAAUUAUCGAAAAACAAAGUUGUUAUAGAUAUUAUUCUUGCUCAUUAUUGAUAGUUUACGAAGGCACUAAUUCCUUUCCCAGUUUUACGGUUACAGAGCCGGAAAUACUGGAUCCGGUUUUUAGUGACAAUUUCGCAUCCAGUUCGGAUAAUUCCCGCGACGUGGCGCCGUGUUGCUACGAUGCGGACACCAGUAAUUCGUCGGCCGAUUUGAAUUAUAGUUUUAAUAGUUCGGAUUUGAGCAAUUCGAGAGACUGCACCUGUAGAGAUUACAAUUCCGCCGAUUUUACGGCCAGUUUCAAUUCAGGGGACGAGGUCAGUCAGGACUCUUAUCAUCGAGGUUUUGCGGAAGCUGCUGCAAGAGGAUCGAGAUGUGGAGUCAAGACUGGAAAUUUCGUACCGAUUAAUGAAGAGACUGUAUUUUUAGAUUCACCUCCAGCAACGAGCAUUACAAAUUCUAGUCCUAGAUCUGUUGAUAGUUGGAUGAUGUUUUCCAACAGUUCCAGCGAUGAGUAUUCUCUAAGUAACCAUUUAAGGGAUAAUUCGAGUUCGAAUGAUGACAGUUCAGAUAGCGAUUUAUCACCUCAAAAGUCAAAAAGAAGCUGUUCCUUAAGACUGUCUGAUUUGGAUAUUGAGGAUACCGAAGACGAAGAGCUCAUACCGCAACUUUCUAGGAGCAGUGUAUCUAAAAGGUUAUGCGUGGGAGAACCUUCUACGGCAUCAAGGGAAAUGAAUUCGACUCCUAAUCCUAAAGUAGAUAUACGGAUAAUAGACUUUGCCCACACAUCUUUUGUUACCAAACAUAGCUUUAAUACUAGCCAAACAAAUAGUACGGUUCACGAGGGUCCAGAUGGUGGAUUUUUGACUGGUUUGGAUAGCUUGAACAGACUUUUGUCAGAAAUUUUAGCGGAACAUCAGUAAAUAAAGAAAUAAUUUAUUGCCAGAUUUCAUUUUUUUUUCUUUAAAUAAAUCAGAACAUAAAUACAAAAUUAAAAUCAAGGCAUAUAAAACAACUAAAGUGAUGUUUCAAACAACUACAGGGUAACCCAGCGUUUUGAAAAAGCUCUAUAUCAGGUUUCUGAUUUGAUAUUUUCAAUCCAAUAUGUUUUAUGAAAUAUUCGGGCAAUAGCAUUUUUAAAACUAUAUCUGUCAAUACAGAGUGGUUCAAAUUAAUUUUUAAAUAAAAGUUUAUAAUAUGAAUGGUAUGGGGGAAAACCAACGAUGUUCUCUUAAUAGGAUUUUUUUAAGUAAUUAACCUAAUAUGUUAAGAAUACCAAGUUCCAAACACAUGCUAAAUUGUAAUUGAAGAUAAAAAAACAAUAUCCAAAUAAUAACGCAUACAGUCGCAAUAACUUGUGUAUCUUUAACAUGAUAUUUGGCAACAUUAAAUCAGUUGUUCCUGUAAAAAUCAGUUUACUGACAUCGCCUGUUUUUCCCCUUAAGCUUCAUUCACAGGGGUGGAUACAGGAAUUUAUUUUAGGGGGGGGCAAAUAAAAGGUAAUGUAGAAUAUACUUUUUAGAGCGGCGUUUUUAACCCAAAAGCCUAAAAUUUAACUCAAUUUAUAGAUUUUAGGGGGGCCUUGGCCCGAGGCCCCCCCCCCCCGUAUCCGCCACUGUUCAUUCAGAUAGAUAAAUGACACUUACCCGUCAUAUAUUUUUACAGGAAAUGCUAUAUACUUUUUAUCUCUCAUAUUCUAUAUUAAGUAGUUAUUAUUUAGUUUUGAAAUGUAACUUAAUUUUCUGCACAUUUAAAGUUCUCCCAGUUCGAAAAAAACGGUGUCAGUGAUGGCUAUGAAAUGAAAAUCUGUCAUUUUAUAUGUAAAAUUAUAUGGGGAAUGUCAUCGAUGUUUAUUUUCAAGUCAACUGGACCCCAUUUUUUUUCGAUCUUUUCUAUACAGACCGUCGGCUACCUCUCGCAUGUAUGGGGAUCGAACCCAGUACCUCUCGCACCGCAGAUCGACACACUACUGUUUGCGCUACGGCCGGCCACUUUUUUCGAUCAAACGGUACAAUAUCAAUAUACUUACAUUUUUUAUGUGGAAACAUUUUAUAUUAAUGUUCUUGUCAAAACUAGAUGUUAUAAAAUACACUUUUUUGGUGGGGUCAAAACUAGAUCUUGAUAGAGUAAGUUAAAACUACCUCUGUGGCGGAUUCAUCUCUCCAAAAAAGUCCUAUAAUGGGUAUUUUGAAAUAAAUAAAAUUAGAGAAAGAUGGUAUUUAAAUUAGAUUUUUUUAAGAAAGGCAUUUUGAGAUAUUAUCGGUACGUUAUCAUUUUUAAUGACAACCGUGAAAUAAAUCAGAUUUAUUUAGUAAAAAUAUCGAAUUGGGGGGAGUGCUUAAUAAAACAGAGAGAUUAAACACCAACUCUGCUCGUCUAUAAUAAUAAAACAGCAUGUACUAUUUGAAAUAGAGAAGGAAAAUACAUUUGGUGUUUACGCACCCUGUAUAUAUCACAAAUUGAAAAUGUAUGUUGACUAGGUUUAGAAAAAGGUACUGUAUUACGGUACUUCCAGUUAAAAAGUAUCAAAAAGUUUGAAUUUUACAAAAGCGAGAGAAAAUUAAAUAAUCCACAAAUUUAGCAUACAACUGAUCAUAUUUCAAAAAUCACCGGGUAUGAAAUAUGACAUUAUUGUAUUUUAGAAUAUGAAUUUAAUGGCAAUGUGCAAUACACUGAGUUAAAAAUUAUGGCGUUUCGGAACGCUGAGUCACCCUGUAUAUGCAAUUAAUAGGAUUUAUGAAGCUAUAUUUUUAGGUACAAAAAAUUAUUUUUGAUGAAAGUGAUAAAUUAUUAGACGCGAGAUUGUGGUGACACCUUAAAAAUAUGAUAAUGAGGUAUAUUUUUGUUUUUAUAAGAAAUUUCAUUUAUUUCAGAAUUUUAACAAUACCUAUUAGACCUAUACUUUUAUGACUGAUUGAUGAAAAAAAUUAACGUAUAAAAGUAAUUAAAACCAGUUACGUACAUUAUUAAUUUAAUUUCUCUACUUAAUUUAUACCGAAAUAUC